AUGGCGAACGCGUCAUCGGGCGAUCGCGCAUCGUCAUCGUCGUCGUCGUCAUCAUCAUCAUCGUCGUCAUCAUCGUCGUCGUCGAGCAUUUUCGAUGAAAAUGCGGCGGCGGCGGCGCGGGCGACGAAGAAACGACGGACGACGGACGACGUGGACGCGAUCUCUUCCCGAGCCGAGCGCUUGAUCGCGAGCGGAUUGUUACCGAUCAAGAAGGGCGCGGUCGUCGCGGAGGACGCGACCGCACGCGUCGACAGGACGACGGGACGAAGCGUCGGCGGCGCGGCGAGCGGGUCAAAAGGCCAGGACCGCGAUCGCACGGGCGAGAGCCUGCGCACGAUCAAGCGAAGGAACGCCGAGGCGCGAAGGAAAGAUUUAUGUCGAUACACGGCGCAGGGCGAGGUGUGUCGACUCGGGAAGCGGUGCGGGUACUCGCACGAUUUGAGCGCGUACAGGGCGUCGAAGCCGAGCGACGUAGAGAGAGCGGCGUGCGUGUUCAUCAACGCCGAGAGCGAUUCGUGCCCAUUUGGGGUGCGAUGCCGGUUCGAGUCGAGUCAUCGCAAGAUGAAAAGUGAUAAGACGGUGGAGAUGCCGAUGAAUAUCCUGGAUGACGCGAUGCAGAAGCGUUUGUCAAGGAACGAGUAUCCAUUCCCACGCUCGGACAAGGCGCUUCGGGAGGGGAACCUCGAGGUUAAGUGUCUCUCGUUCGCACAGAAGCACAAGCUCGAUCGUAGGGAAGGAUUUCUGGGAUCGUUCGAGCCUGGACGCGUGAACGCACGUGAGAAACGUGUGAGUUUGGAGUUCAAGGGUAAGAUUUACGUGGCACCCCUAACAACGGUCGGUAACCUUCCGUUUCGGCGUAUUUGCACCGAUCUCGGCGCCGACAUCACCGUCUCAGAGAUGGCGAUGGCGUCUAAUUUGCUUAAGGGAGAUCGCAAAGAGUGGGCUCUGGUGCGUCGGCAUCCCAUUGAGAAGUGCUUCGGGAUCCAAAUUUGCGGAGGGUACCCAGACUUGAUGACUCGUUGUGCCGAAUUAUUGGACAACGAGGUCCACUGCGAUUUCAUCGACGUCAACAUGGGAUGUCCCAUCGACGGUGUGUGCGCGAAGGGGGCCGGGGGUAGUCUCAUGCGCGACACCGACCGUUUGAAGCGAGUAGUGCGCUCCAUGACGUCGGUUUCGUCCACGCCGGUGACGAUCAAACUACGCAUGGGUUAUUUCGACGACCCAUCAAGGUACGUGGCGCACGACAUCAUUUCCAAAGCUAAGUCCUGGGGUGCGUACGCCGCGACUUUGCACGGGCGAACACGAGAACAACGAUAUUCUAGACUCGCGGAUUGGUCUUAUAUCCACCGAUGCGCGGACGCGUCAGCCUUGAACAACCUUCCCCUGAUCGGCAAUGGCGACGUGUACACCUAUCAGGACUGGAAUGAGCAAAUUGCCAACGAGAAAAUAUCGACAUGUAUGAUCGGUCGCGGAGCGAUCAUCAAACCUUGGCUCAUGACAGAGAUCAAAGAGCAGCGUCACUGGGAUAUUAGUGCAAAUGAACGUUUGGACCUGUUCAAAGACUUUGUCCACUACGGAUUGGAGCACUGGGGCAGCGACUCCGUCGGGGUCGAGAAGACUCGUCGAUACUUGUUGGAGUGGAUGAGCUACACGCACCGAUAUGUCCCGAUCGGACUAUUAGAGCAGAACGUCGUGCCCAAACUGCAUCUUCGUCCGAUGCGUUACGUUGGGAGGUCGGAUCUUGAGACAAAGCUGGCAAGCGAUAAACUGGAGGAUUGGCUCGAGCUGAGUGAGUUGUCCGGCUUGGGUAAGCCGGAUCCGUCGUUCCGGUUCGUCCCGAAGCACGCCUCGAAUAGUUAUACAAAAGAAAGCGCUGAAGCCGCCGCGGCGUGGCUCGACGAGGGCGAGGAGAACGGAUGA